ACUUUGCAGCACUGAACCAGAAGGGAAAGUUUGAAGAUCGCGGAAAGAAAAUGGAGUUCCAGAAGUCGUAUAAUUGCCCCAACUACAAAUUUGGGCCCGAGAGUGUUACGAAAUACUGCAUUUGUGACCGGAAGCGCGAGAACGUGAUUGUCUGCAGUCGCUGCAACCAAUCUUUCGUGGGUCGCAUUUCGCAACGCUGCCCAAAACAUCCCGAAGUUACUUUUCUCAUGGACGCCCGGCAAUGCGCUUUCUGCGGGGCCCAUUCAAACUACUUGCAGGUGUCCGAGGGCAAACGAUAGAGGAUAUUGGGAAGAAGGCGCUGUUCGUUGACGAACAUAUUGUCAUAUUUAGUAAAAUACUUAUGUAAACACUAUGUAUAUUUCCUAACAAGUAAACUAACAUAUAAUUGUUAUUAAACUGUGCUUAUAUUUUCAUA